GUGCUGUGUAAUGGCGUCGUUACAUUUACUCGUCUUCAAAUUAUUCGUUGUACUGCCAUAAACUACGGCACCCUCACCAAUGCGAGUUUGAAAUCCAUCCAUCCAGGUUUACAUGGCAACCAAAUUCCCCAAGCAUGCUUGUCACCGGUGUGAUUUUGGGACCACGUGGACAGCGCUGCUCUACCGGCACCUGCUGCUACACUACCGAGCUCGGCCUUUCUUCUGCGAGCAGUGUGACCAGCGCUUCUCUCUGCCCGAGGCCCUGUUGCGCCACAUGCGGUCCCAUCCCCUGUCGUACCCCUACAUUUGUAGCAAGUGUGGCACCAUCCUGACGUCUGAGUUGCGGCUUCGACUGCAUCAGGUGGUGCACAUAGUGGAGAGCCUCCACCGGUGCACGCACUGCGGCAAGGGCUUCCUCAACUUCCGGGACGUGCAGCAGCACCUCUCGGCUCGGCGCUUUGGCUCCGGAGCACUGCUGCGGCUGAGUCGCACUGAGGGCCUUCCUCCGGGCAGGUCGGCCUGGAGCGGGUCGCUGCGGACGGCCCGCUUUUCCCGCCAUCUGGCAGACCGCUGGGAGGCUCUGCAACCCGAGACUUCCAUCCGAGCAGCCAAGCCCCCCUUCUACAUUCCUUGUGCCACGUCGGAGUGGGGAGCCCACGGGGCAUUCGAUUUCACCUCGAUGCUCGGUGCGGGCCGCAGUCUCCACGGUCUUGCGGGGAAGGUUCGUACUGCAGGGAUGGGGGCCAUCCGGAGCCUGGUGCCCUCGGAGCCCGGCUCCGAGCCGGACCCCGAGCUGGUGCGGAGGGUGUCCAACAAGCGGCUCAAGUGCCAGCGCAAGGUGCACGAGUGCCACAUCUGCCACAGGGUGUUUCCAUUGCUGUUUCUGCUUAAUGCACACCUCAACAUCCACAUGGGGCGCAAGCCCUUUGUGUGCACGCGUUGCAACAUCCGCUUCUACACACCGGACCAGUAUCGGUCGCACCUCUGGAUGCACGGCAAUCCCGGGGAGGUGCCGAACCAGUGCCGCAUCUGCCUGCGGCGCUAUGCCACUUUGGCGGAGCUGAGGAGGCACAAGCUGGUCCACUCUGGUUCCAAGAUGUUGCGCUCAGGUGUAGAGGUUAACGACAAUGGAAGCGGGGAACUAGCAACCGUUGGCCGGGCUGAGCAACUCAUGUGGCUCAAUGGGCGCAACACCGUGUUUGAGUGUGGUCUCUGCGGAGCACACGAGGAGAGCUUCCAGCAACUUCGUUUGCACCUGCGGACCUGUGCAAACCUGGAGAGAGCUAUAAACUAUAGGAGAGAUCUAGAAAUAGAGAUAAUUGCGUGAUACUGGUCAGUUGACAUGAUGCAACUUCGAUUGUUUUUCCUUGCAUCUGCUGGGAAAGGUGUGUUCUUGGUGUGCUUCGUGGGAUUACCUGUUUGCAGAAUCUUUGCUAACAUGUUGGGAGAGCACUAGGAGAGAGAGAGCUAUUCUAUCUCACCAUAAUAUAUAUUUUUGGGGGGUACAUGCUUUAUUUGUUGUCGUGAUGUCAUCUAAGAGACAUUGCAUUUUUUUGGUGCUAGGGUUUCGAGGCCAUUCUUUUUACUCAGUGGUAAGCAAGUUAGAUUGCACUGAAAGUAUUUUUUAUUCAAAGGAACACUAUAUUUUUAUAACCACUUUUGGUAUCAAUUGCAUCAGUCAGUGCAUGCAAUUGUGCAUCAUCGGACAUUAGCGGCUUUUUCUUGUGGUUUUGAAGAUGGUUCCAAGGUCUAAAUGGUGCUAUGGCACUGAGACAGAGUGGCGUGCUAUUUUCAGUUUUUGUGUAGGACUGUAUACAUUUGAGUUCUCUCUACUUUUAAUAGAGCAAAUGUGAUAAUGCAGUGCCUUAUAGCUUUUUAGUACAUUUGCAUGUUUAAAAGUCGUAAUAUGAAACACAAUGAAUUUUAAACGUUUUAAAUUAGUACUGACUGCUUGCACUCGUUUUCAGGAAGAAACGAGCACAAGAGGUGGCUGCACUGCAUUUUGGUGCAUAAAUGUAUAAAAUACAUAAAGCUACAGGCAUCCUGUGACCUCUGACACAUUUGGGACUUCUAAUCGAUGCAUAGAAGUGGUGUCCUUUUUAACUUUCUUAUAUAUUCCUAGUAAGGAUUCGGUAAAUGAACCAGUGUUCCGUGAUAAAAAAAUAUGGCAGACCCUUCGAAGGAAGUGCCUUUUAUGCGUCUAGUGUUUUGUGCAAACAACCUCACUUAGCGUAUGAGUUGCCUACCCUCCAUUUGGCUGGUUUUGUGCACAAUUUUCUUCAUUGUGGAUUGAAUGCCGAUUGGUGACUUAACUGCUUGCGGUACAAGGUAGAAAGGCCCACUUUCUUCCAGCUAAACUUGUGCAUCCAAGCAUUUGCGGUGCUCAAGCUAUUUCUGUAGUGGUGGCAAAGCCGAGGGGUUUGAAGGGCAUCUCCUCAUUCAGAAUCGGACAUCACAUCUGAGUUUCUUUUUGCCAAUUUGGCAUUUCUUCUAAAAGACCAUUCAAUGUAGUACUAAUGUGGAAAUUUCAACAACAUAUGGCAGAAGUUGAUCUCUGAGAGUGUUCUUUUCCAGUGUGCACACUGAACAGCAAAGCUGUGUGCAGUGUUGUGGAAGACCUGAGCACCGAGCUCGAGAAUCUGUAAGACAUCUUGGGAGUGCAUGUGCCCGUCAUCUCCAUGCAACACUGGGAGAUGCAUGCUCUAGGUCCAUAGACACUAACUUGUUUUACAAAUGAAAACUGAGAAGCCACCAAUAUAAAAUCUUGAACUGUUUUUUUUAAAGGAAAUACAAGCAAAAUUGUGUAACCUGGAAGAUGUAUGUGGAUAAAAGUUCUAGAAGCUCAUAAUCAUGUUGUUUUCUGUAUGCACAGUAUUUUCUGUCUCAUCACUCAUGUUUUUACCUCUCUACUGUUUGAAGUGUCUUGAAUCCUUGUUUCACAUGAGGUAAAUAAAAAUGUGCAUUACAGCACCCUUUGCUCUA